AUGGAAACGUGGGUCAUUCCCGCGCUGGCACUUGGUAUUGUGGUGCGUCUACUCUCCUCGCUAUAUUUGAUCUGUCGACAUGCACACAAAGCUCGCAGUCUUGACUGCCAGGAGGCCCCGUUAUACUCUGGCGGAGACCCUUUCGGCAUUUCCACCCUGUUCGAGGCACUACACGCCGAUCGAGACAAGGUGCUUCCCGAGCUAGCGCAGAAGCGGUUCGAUCUCCUUUCUACUCAGCACAGUAGACUUGUUUCCACCUUUCGUGUGCGCCAGGCUGGCCGGCAGAACUACUUCACGGCGGAUCCAAAAAAUAUCCAGGCCAUGUUGGCGACGCAGUUCCAUGAGUUUGGCUUAGGUGACAUGCGUCGCAAAGUAGCCGACCCUGUGGUGGGUCGUGGUAUCUUCACAUCCGAUGGCCAGGCAUGGUCCCACUCUAGAGCCUUACUACGACCUCAAUUUACGCGGAUGCAGAUCAGUAACCUUGAUAUGGAGGAACGUCAUGUGCAGAAUGCAUUUCGAGCCAUUCCCGUCCAGUCCGAUGGAUGGACAUCCGAGGUCGAUAUACAAACCAUCUUCUUCCGUCUCACCCUCGACUCGGCUACGGAAUUUCUCUUUGGCAAAAGCUGCGAGAGCCAGAUCACCGCCUUAACACAGGGCGCCGACAAGGAGCCGGAUCGGUUUCUAAACGGCUUCGACCGGUGUACAUGGUACCUAGCCGCAAGACUCCGAUUUGAAAGGCUAUACUGGGUAGUGAACAACCAGGACUUCCGGGACAGCAUCGGCGUGGUCCAUGAGUUCGUCGAUCAUUAUGUCCACGAAGCCCUGAAGCGAGCGCAACAAACAGAGAAACCCAGUGAUUUAGAAAGCCCAUCACAAUAUGUCUUUCUAGACGCGCUCACCUCCACCACGAAGGACCCCAUUGAGCUACGCGAUGAGUCACUGAACGUCCUUCUGGCAGGGCGGGAUACAUCAGCUUCUCUUCUGAGCUGGACUGUCCUGCUUCUCGCCCGUCACCCAGGCAUGUUCAACAAGCUCCGAGAGGACAUCAUCGAGCAAUUCGGUACCUACAGUAAUCCAUACGAGAUUACAUUUGCAUCGCUAAAGUCCUGCCAAUACCUCCAGCACUUCAUCAACGAGACCCUACGUUUGUAUCCAGUAGUGCCCUUCAACCGCCGAUGUGCGCUUAGGGAUACAACGAUUCCCAGAGGCGGCGGCAAGGAUGGCAACUCCCCCAUCUACCUGAAAAAGGGUCAGCCGGUUCUGUUCAGUAGCUAUGUCCUGCAACGCCGGAAGGACAUCUGGGGAGAAGAUGCCGAAGAGUUCAAGCCUGAGCGGUGGUCCGGCCGAAAGGUGACCUGGGAAUACAUCCCAUUCAGUGGUGGACCGAGGACCUGUAUCGGUCAACAAUUUGCACUUAUAAAAGUCAGCUACGUAUUGGUCCGUCUAUUGCAGCGAUUUGAUUCUAUCCAAGAUGUAAAUGCUAACCGGCAAAUUCGGUAUGGUGUUACUCUAACAAGCUGUCCGGCUGAUCCGGUUACUGUGAGGAUGCACGAGGCUGAGCUUUAG